GCUGCUGCAGCGAUAUCCCACCACUGUGCUCCAUCUGAAACCUUAAGAGCAUCAUUAAAUAAGACUAGAACAGGCUUUAGAGCUCUUCCGCCUUCUUAAAAAAAGAUCUACAAGCUUUUUAACUCAGAAUCCUUUGUUUAUAUUUUUUCAGUUCUGUUGCUGCAUCUGCACCACUGGAUUGUACCUCCUGCAGAGACACCAUGAACAUCAGCCUGAAGCUCCCUGUAGAUUAGGACCAGAGUGAACCCUGCCCCAAGCCCCUCUCCAACCCUUCACUCUAUCGUCACCGUCUGAUGGCAAACAGUCCCACCGCCAGCCAGCCGUCCAACAGCAUGGAGGAAUCUCAGCAGCAACACCAGCAGCAGGACGCAGAGGCCCAAAACGCUGCUGUGACCUCGCAACCAGUCAGUGGUGAGCAAGAAGCCCCGCCCUCAACCACAGAAGCUCCUGAUGGCGGUCAAACAGGAGGGGGCAAAGACAUGGACCUCCUUACAGUGAUCAAUGACAACAUGGAGACCAGCAACGGCAUCGGCCCUGUGAGGGUCGACUCCUCUCCCACAGUGUCCUCUGUGUCGCCCAAACUGCAUGCCAAGCCCGGUGGCCAUGCUAACGGUCGGCCUGGUUUGGGCAGCCGGUCCGGCUCGGUGGCAGGGGGCUCACCCAGGCCCUCCCUCACCCGCCAGCCCAGUGCAAUCACAGAGGCCACUGUGGAUGGGUCCAAACCAAGGGACUACUUGAUCCUGGCCAUCCUAUCCUGCUUCUGCCCACUGUGGCCCAUCAACAUAGUAGCCCUCACCUUCUCUGUGAUGUCCCGGAACAGUCUGCAGCAAGGAAACAUCGACGGAGCUCGACGUCUAGGCCGCAACGCCAUGAUUCUGUCUGUUGUCUCUAUCUUGGGUGGGAUUGCCAUCAUCACUGCUGCUAUUGUCUUCAACUGGGGAUUGAUAUUAAAAUCCUGAUAAAACUGGGCUUGAAUUACAGGACCGACUUGAUGACAGCAUCUGACCGACUUCCUCCCUCCGAUAUCCUGAAGCACUAUCCUUCUCAAGCACCUGCACCAGAUGAAAAAAACAUCUGUUCCUGUACUUUGCUGUUGUUUCUUGCUGCACGAAGAGCAUGGUCUGCCUGACGCUCUACCUCCAACACGACCCAACGACCAACCCACUCCUGAACCUAUGCUCUAUUUUGAAACGGAUGAGGAAAAAUUGAUGGAUCAUGAGAUGCUUUUUCCAUUCUUAUGCAGAAUUUCAUGCGUACUUCCUCAGACCACUUUUCUCAUCGAUGAACAUGCAGGUCUUUUGUCAUGGGAAUUGGCAUCUGUCUCUAUGGAAACUGGAUUAUUCUGACCUCUUAAUGAAUCUCCAUGCUGCAGGUCCAGUUAUGAGCAAACUGUAGGACACGGUUUUCACUUUUUGAUGCCAAAAAAUAGAAACCUUUGCUGAACUGAAGCUGGAAGAUGCUGCAGUUGUGGUUGUUUGACAUGAACUGAAGAAGAAACAGUCAGUCUUGUAGCGGUAAAGGCUGGAAACACAAACAGAGUGACCUGCUUUUAAGAAAGUGGUGGAUUGUUUCAUCAUUUAUCUGCUCUUGUAGGCGUUUGUAGAGCACACACAAGCAUCUCAGUGUUUCACUAUCCAUUUUAUAAACAUAGUGCACAACCAUCAAUAACAGAUCUUCAUAUUAGAAAAACACUAUAGGAUGAAUCUGUGAUAUCCCAUACUUUUCCUCUCAUCAAGAUCCAAAACAACAUUGGGUUCCUUUGUCUCCUAAUUCUUUCUGACCUCCUAUAUGUGGCUAUCAGCUCCAAACCUAUUGGUUCAAAGAAUGCUCACAUAAAAAUAGCCUCUUAGUCUAGCCUUAUUUUCAAAAAAGGCCCAGUCAUCUUUGAAAACUCAAGCUGCAGAGUACAUUGUUAUUUCUGGGGACUAUUUUUAGUGGCGGAUGAAUCCCUAUUUAGUCUUUACUUGAGUAUUGUUAGAAUCAGGACUUUCUAAAUGACACAGAUACACAUUAGUUUGACUCCUCAUGAGAGUUGAUGACAAUGAGUUGUCUCUUUGGUGGCAGGUAGUACACACCCUCCCCAUCUGAUUGGCCAAUUAGACUUUACAUAAAAAUAUGGACAUAGUCUCAGUGAAGUCGACCACCGUUUCUUGAAGAGGCAUUGUGAAGCAUAACAAAAGCGGUUGCCAUAUUAGAUAUGGUUAAAUCAGCUAAUGAAUGAAUAUCUUGAUCGUUGAACAGGUCCAUCAAGCUAGCCUAGCUCAUUAUUUUGCUAGCAUUUUCUACAAGAUGAAAACAGCAUGAUAAAACGCCAGGUCAUUAAGGGAUGUAAGUGAAGCUUAGCCUUUUUAUGCAAAACUUUUGCCUUAAUAUAAUGUAACAGAUGAUAUUUAUCCCAGAUUCAGCUUUUAUAUGGGCUCAAGUGAGGGUUCCAUGGUUUUUGGAGCCAGCCCUAAGUGGACUCUUAAGGAGCUGCAGUUUGUUAUACUUCAAACCUAGAUUUGUUCUCAACACUGGAGAUUGCUGACAUGAAUUUGACCUGAUUUCUACCAGAGAACAAUGCCUCCUCACAGCAAAAUCAGCAGUGUUAAUCAAACACCUAUAGUUUAUUUUUUAUUUUUUUACGCUUUCAAAGUGUCUAUAUUGGUCCAUACUACAUAAAGUUAUAACUACGCUUAAACAUUUGAAACUAUUGAAUAUUUUACAGUAUGACAGAAUUAAAUCAACCGUUGAUGGCUGAAAUUUAAGACUGAUGGACACUGGUUUGUGUGAAUUUUACAUGCCGCUAUUGUACAGUGUUAAAGGUUUACUCAAUCCAGUGUUAUACUUUUUUAAGACUAAUGAAGAGUUGGUUACAUUAGCACUACACAGCAAAAUCACUUGUGUUGAAUUAACACUGACAGUGUUAAAACUAAAGCUAGAAAAGUUUAUGUGUCCACUCUUUUGAGUAUUAAUUAAACAAUUUGGAAAGUGUUAAUGUUUAACUCUGUCUCAUCUGGUGGAAAUCUGAGGCAUUUAUCAUUUUUUGUUUUUUUACACGGUACAAAGCGGUCUCAAUGUUUAUAGAUUGCCACCCCACGUAAAUGAUGAAGACUGUGCCCUGAGUUGAUUGUCUGCACUUUCUCAGCUUUUACAGACCAACCCAUUAUCACAGUCAGGAAGUGACCAACUUAGUAGAUAACUUCACUCACGGUGCAGAAGAGUUUAAUGUAAACAAAAUAACAAUAAUAAUUCACCACAAACAAAAGCAAAGGAAUCUCAGCAGUGAUCACUGUACAACAGGCAACAUCUAAACACAAUUUAACACUCACACUGCACAAAGGCAUGAUUGGGAAAACUGCCCCCUAGAUUUGACAUGGCAGUGGGUACAGAGUUAGAUUAACUUUGAAUGGAUCAACACUAUCAAACAACUCCAACACUGAGGGGCAUUUACUCUGAAUGGAGUUGAAAUUACACUGGUUAAAGAGUUAAAAUCAGCUGUAAAAAGUCUAACACUUAACACUGCAGAUUUUACUGUGCCCCCGGUUCUGUUCCUCUUCAGAAAGGAGCUUAUGACUGUUACAUGCAUGCUGCUUUCACUUUGAGCUGAAACAUUUAAAUUGCUGAUGGACGCAAGAGAUGUUAACCUUUCUUCUGAUGACUGACAGGAAACAAGGUAAAAAAAAAUAAAUCUCUGUUUUCUUCCUAGAGGACUCUAGCAAAUCCUGCAAUAUCCUCUUAUUGAUCCCCUUUAACAGAUACAAUUGGUCAGCUGUAAAUGAGAAAACAAUACAAUAGGAGCUUUAUUUCAAAAGGUCACAUCCUGUGCAGCCUUGGUUGUAACUCAGUGCAUUCUUUCAUGAAGCAUUUUUUAAUGAUAACCUUACCAAAAUAAAGGGUUGUGAACAGAAAUAGUAACUAAGUGUUUAGAACAGAUUUUUAAAUGUUUAAAUUUUUUUUAAUUUGUUAACACAGAAAUAAACUACAGCCUCUUCCAGGUCGAUCAUAGAAGGAAUUUGUCAUUUUAAAUCAGUGUCAUCCUCAUCCAGUAAAAACUCAGAAAUUCAAUUCUAAUCGAAUUCAGUCCGGCCUCUUCAGCCACAACAUUUAGCCAGUGAGUGUUCUGUUAAAGUUCUUUAUGCUCCACGUUUUGGUCCUUCUGCUGACUUUCCCCCUUCAUUUUCUUCAAACAUAACAUUUGAUUUUUAACUGUGUACUCUACCUCUCUAUCUCCAUGAAGAAAAGCAGCAGGAGUGUUUGAGGAGAGGGUUAAGUGCUCGGCUGUGGUCGCCGGGACGCCUAAGUGCGUCUCUUUGCCUGUAACUGAUUCCAGCUGAGUCCCUCUGAUUCAAACCUAUUUAAUUAUUCUGUCUGACCGCAGUAUGUGCAGCGUUUUCUACUUUAAUGGAUGUGAAGUGAUCGGCAGUUUGAUGCUGCUCCCUGCGAUCUCCAGGCCCCUCUAUUAAUUUGGGAGAUUAGGGUUACAUUUCCACCACAGAUCUGGGCUAGCCAUGACUUCCUGUGCACCACAAUGUGCUCUGACAUGACAUGGAUCAGCGUUAUUACUCCUAAUUUGGUUUCAUUAUCUGUCCAGGCUUUUAAUUUAAGUCCCCACACCCCUUUCUUUCGACCUUCGUCUAUUAUUUUUUAAGUUGGUAAUUUCAGCCUGACUCCUGCUUCGUAACAUAUUUCUGUGUAACUCUGGUCUUGAAUCACAGUCAUUCAAUCAGAUGCUCAUCCUCUAAAUCCUUUUUCAGUAUCAAUUCUACAGCUAAUGUAGGAUGCCAGCAAGCAUAACACUCAACUGUGUCACAUUUUCAUUACUUAUUCAUCCAUAUUGUUAGGGUUUUAAAAAUUAUAGCAAAAGUUUUGAAGAAGUUUUUCUCUCUAUUUUCCCUAUAUUGCCCUCCCUUCCACAGUUUGCAGAAACUCCUCAGUUUUAUUGGUGCAAUGCAUCUUGGGCCUAUCAAAGCACACUAACAAUCUAGCAUAUUUUCAGAUUGUUCAUUUGAUCCGAUUUCAUUUCUCAUUGCAACACCUUACAAAAUCAAAACCAGCUUAGAUGUAAGGUGCACUUGGGACACGACUUUAGCAAUGAAAUUAAAUGGCCUAUAACUAAUUCGAAGUUCUGGUUUAAUAGUUAAAUGACACCUCAUCCACUGUUCACAAUGCUCGAAAUGCAAAAUGCUGCUGAUCCAUCUUCAUCUGGUCAUUUAUAAACCUAAAAUAAGCAUUUUUGUUCUUCUCCAGUGUCUUAAAAUCCUCCAGGGAUUGUUUGUGAUCUUAAACUAAAGCAUGAAAACCCACAUGAACAAGCUAGUUUAAACUAGCACGGCGUUGUGACACCUUUUAGGGUUUACCUGCUGUCUAACAGCUUCUUUUACACCGCCAUAGAGCUCAUCUUGUCCUUGUUGAAUCAGCUUCGUCUCAGCUUUCAGAGCCUCAGUGUGACGCUGUGCCAAACACCUGAGUGGUUGCCAACCUGCACAAGAACAGCCCUCACAUUUCUGUUAGCCUGUUAUAUUUAAUGUGAUAAGCUAACAGCCACUCCUUGGACGUAUUAGACAGAGGGAAUAAAGCUGUUGUUAUGGGACAAAAUCAGCCUUUAUCUUAUAUAACCUGUGCAUGUUUACAGUAUUUAUUACGGGACGCUUUUACAUGAGACUGUAGCCUCAUUUAGCAGGAAAGCUAACUGAGUAGCACUUUGUAUAUAAACAGUUUGGGGAAUUGUUGAAUCGACAAAGUUACGAUACCUUCUUUUUCUCUACAUGUCGUCAUGAAGACGUAACUGAUUUAGUCGACUUGCCGCCAAAAAGUGUUUUCUAGAAGCAGGAAGGAGAACGCACAGCUCAAAGCUUCAAAAGACAGCAACACAUUUGAACCAGUCAUUUGGCGUCUUUGCGUAGAGGAGAGGUCAGACGAGGUCCAGCUCAGAGGUAGAGAGUGGGGGCAGAGUGGAGGGUCGUGUAAACUUGCCUCCGUCUCACCCACACCUUCACGCUACUCACUCUUGUACUGUAUGUAGCAUGCCUGUUUACUAUUCACAUUAUGCAAAAAAAAAAAAAGAGGUCCCAGCUCGAUGUCAGUAUGAAUGCUAGCUUCCCUGAGUUUUGCUAUGGUUGUGUACUUGUACACGGUUUUGUAUGGACUUUGCUUGCGCUACCUCUCAGAGUUGCCUACAGUGUUUUAUCAACAGCGCCUCACAUCAUUUCAAUUUGAUGAGUUUAACUGACUGUUAAAUCCUUCGUGCUAUUGUUUGUAUUUUUGCUCUUUUGUGCUUUUGGAGAUUUUCACAGCUAACAUUGUAAAUGUGAUAUUAAUGUGCAGGAUUUUUAAUGUGAACACAGUCCCACAUCUUUACAGUCAUUUAUCUUAACUGGCAAAAGUUCUGUAAAUAAAAGGACUACAAAUAUUAGCAUAUUUAAAGGUACAAGCAGAAAACUGCCGAUAAUCAAGUGGUCUUACACUAAGAAAUCAACAGUUCUGAGGAAGAUUUUUGGUUGAUUAUAAAUGAAAAAUGGAUGCUAGCUGUACAGGGGAAAACUGUAACAAGCCAAAAUGGUUUGAGUCAUGAAAUAGUCAAAAUAUGACCCACAAUAGCUAUACUAUAAUAGCUUUUCUGCUAGUGAUGGUAGCUAACUAAAGAGUCCCACUAAAGCUAAAAAAGUUAUAGUAAAGAAAGACAAACACACGUCCAAAUUUUUGGCUCCACCACACUAGUGUAGCUACUGUUAGCUAAUAAGCUAAAAUAGCUAACAUGGCAGUGAAGUAUUUUGUUUCGCUUGACAUCAGCUAGUAAAGCAGUGUACUGUUUUUUCUUUUAUGCUAGCUGGACUCAAAGUAAACUGGAGAAAAAAAACAUAGCUGACUGUUUUGACUGUUGGUUUACAAUGUUUAGUUUUCUUUUAAGCUAGCAACAUUUCUGAAAGGUGUAUAGAAAAAAGUUACGUUAAUUUAAAGCUCUGAAUGAAUAUGCUAGCAAUGCUUACUCUUAAAUAAACCUGAUUAACAAUGCUGUACAACCUUGGCGACUCAAGCUUCAGAUAUUUUCUUCUCAAAGGGAUUUUACCAGAAUAGCUCCAGGAGCCCCUCCAAAACUACUUACUUGGCCUUACACACUUCCUAGAGAAACAUGAAAAACAUCAUCUGUAAGCCAAAAUUAUCCGAAUUUAUGUAGUGUGCUACUGGACAGAGAAACAUGGACAUACUUGGAAUUUGGCUGUUCACUAAUGUUUUCUUGACAUUCACUAAAUAAUUCAGACGUACAGUUUAACAAUUCAUGUGCUCUAAAUGUUGGAUUUCUAAAAUAGACUUUCAGGCUUUAGCAACAAAAGGAGUGACUGCUGACAUUCCUCCAACAUAUACAAUAAUAAAUGGAAAUAUCAGAUGAUAAUGUAGCCAGUUCAAUAGGAUCCCGCUAAGUCUAGGGUCAGAAAAUAAAAUAUUUACUCUAACAUUUAUUUUUAUCAGGGGGAAAUGCUGAAAAUCUUCCACAGAACUCCACCAACUAGUGUAAAUAGAUGCUGUAUUUUGUGGUUAAUUUGACGUUCACACUUUGACACCUUUGAAAUCCUCCUGUAUUUAUGUUGUUUCAUGUCACCCUCUCACUUUAUCCUUUCAAUUAUUUUUGUAAAUGCCCCUUUGACACCUGAUCUUUGUAUUUUUAUAUUUCUAUUCCUAUUCUCCGGAUCACUUUUGUAUGAUAAUCUACUGUUUGUGACGCUCUGUAUUAGCUGCUUCCUGCUCGCUUUUUUAAACUGCAAGGUUUGGAGGGGGAGGACUCUGUUAGCAUGAAUAGACUUCAUUAUGUCUUUCUCUAAUUAUUGAUUGCUAUCUCCUGACACUGGACUCUUUCUGUGCCUGUGCAUGCCUUAAAUUGAAUGCUCUGUGAAGCAUCCAGAAUGAGUAUGGGUGUACACACUACAUUUAUCAAAGACACUA